AUGGCCCAGUGUCCUUACACUGCAAAGUCAACCACCGGUCAAUGACCAGCCGCCGGCGAUCCAGAACAUUUCCAAGGUGUGGGCGAUUCCAUUGUUUCAAAUAGCUCUAGUGACAUUUCUGACGAUGAUCUUUCAAAUUCAAAUCACUCUGAUGAGGCAGUAAAAAUUAGGUCGCUGUUAAAUUAUGAAUUUACUUCAGGGCAAUAUAACAACCCUUCGGUUCGUGGUCGUUUGUCUUUGUGCUACGAUCAAAGGGGUGAAAUUAAGUGUUGUCCGCGACGGUCAUAA